AUGCCCCACGCAGACUCUGACAAUAUGAGUCAACCGAUGGUGAAUGGCGAGAAGCCUCAUUCUCAAUUCCUCGAGCAUCUGACCUCCUACCCGGUGGUCUCGGAUUCCAUCUCUCUCUUCAAGAGCAACCCAUAUGGCGCCAAGUCCCUCCAGCUGGGUGACCAGGCCUACACUCGCAUUGCUAAGCCUGUUCUUCCUUACUUCUCGACCCCCUACAGCUAUGUCGCUCCUUAUCUGGCUCGUGCCGACGCCAUCGGUGACCAGGGCUUGACCGAGAUCGACUCGCGCUUCCCCAUUAUCCGGGAGGACACCCAGAAGAUUCGAGGGACCAUCUACGACACGGCCGGUCUUCCCAUCCGUGUCGCCGGGGACGUCAAGCAGCAUCUGUUCCAAACUUAUGGGUCCGAGUACAAAAAGUGCGGUGGUGACGGCGUGGUCGCUUCUGGCAAGGCCUUGAUCACAACGAGUUUGGUGCUCUCCACGGAAUCGCUGAGCUAUCUGACGACUUGGUUCCAAAAGGCCAAGGAAGAGACCAAGGAGGUCAUCAAUGAGAAGGCCAACAGUCACUAG